GACCGAUAACAAUAAUAUUGAAUAUAAAAAAAAUUGCUCGCUUAAACUCAGCAGGUGGCAAUGGAGAUGGAGGACGCUCUGUAUGCAGAUGCCAAUGAUAAAAUAAGGCUAGGGGAGGAGCUUAAGAAAUCACUGGUCGAAUUCGAGCAAAUACCUGGGGUUUCAAAAGUGCAAAGGAAAAUCCAGCAGGAACUUAAAUUCUUGGAAAAGGUGAUACGUACCAAGACGUUAAAGGAGAAUCACAUAACUAGCAGCAACUUUGUCAAUUAUGAAUUCCUUAUUAAAACACUGCGCCUGCAGCAAGGAGUCGUCGAUAUAAACGCAGUCUUUCCGCUCGAAUCGCGUGACAGUCCGUUGCGUGUGGAUAUUGUUGCCAAUAACGGUCUAAAAUGGAUUAAGGUUAUAGCGCGCAACUCCAAGUCCAUCGAAGAUGCGGCAAAGGGCUGUGUCAGCUUUGGCGCCCGCAGCGUCCUGGAUCAAGCCAGCGAUUACUUGGAAGCCAGCGAGCUACACUUUUGCAUGUUCCAACGGCCCAAGGUAGUCUUCUACUUCUCCAACAAAAUAGAUAGCUCGUUGCACGAUGAGCUCAAAGAAAUGGGCGUGCAAACGGCAUCACUGGAAGAGCCCGACCUGGAUGUGGAUCAGUAUGCCACCAUAUCGAACGAACUCAAUUUGGAUGUGACAACAUUGUUGGCAUACGUCAGCGCUCUCACAAAUGGUGGCUGCAAUUUUGUGUUCAAGGAGCCUCUGUUGACCGAACAAGCCGAAAAGGAGCGCGAGUGUCCAGUUAAACCCAUACUUGAUAAAAUAUUUCAAGGCAAGCGACUGGUCUGUUGCCAAUUGGCCAACGAUGCAUUUCAAAAUAUUCUCAGUGUAUUGGGCGGGCCCAGUGAGCGGGCGCUUGCUAACGAGCUCAUGAAGCGGGUAACAGUGUAUCCGGAUGUGGAGACGAUACCCCCAGAGUUUUCCAAUUUACGCUUUACGGCCAACGUGAAUGAGCGUAGCUUAAAGAUAUUCAGCUUUGGCAUGGCACGUAAAAUAUUUACAGUUACGUCGAACAAGGCAUUUGUGCGGUCAGCAAAGAUGCAGGGCAUAAACGUGCCCGUUUUUGUGCAUGCAUCACGAGCACUCACCGAGGGUAAACAAGCUAAUGCUAAGGCGCUGUAGUGUUAUUUUUUCUUUAUACAAAUAUUGACCUAUUAUUAAAUCUUGUACUUAUACAAA